AUGACGAAGUCAGGAGGCAUCCGAGCGAAGAUGGGCAGGGCGAUGCUGGGGGUGCUACUGAUACUCGACAUGUUCUCAUGCACGGGAUCGGCGACUUUCACUGAGCUGACUUCCCAAGAGGAUUGGUGCCACGCGUUCACGCAGGUAUACGGUUGCAACGAUCCGUAUCUGAAAAUAGCGUGUUAUGAAUGCGAUGGGGGCGGGAGCAUUGAGGUUCCCUGCGCAGAGUGUCCUCAAGGUCAGUACAGGGAUGGUUGCCAGGGAACAUCAGCAGGAACGUGCAUGCCAUGCACAUCAUGCGGCGUUGGCUACUUGUCUCAGAAUUGCUCAGGAGCAGAUGCAGGAGUGUGCGUCCUGGCAUGUUCAAGCGGAAAGUUUUCGAACGACAAUGUGAGCUGCAUAGCUUGCCCAGCAGGCAAGUACUCGGUGUAUCCAUCUGUAUCUGCAUGCUUGGAUUGUCCUUCAAACUCCUUCUCACAGUCUGGAUCCAGCUCUUGCACUCACUGCCCCAGCCACGCUCAAGUCGUGUCCGAUGGCUUGGGCUCGCACAAGUGUGUUUGUAACUCCAGCCUUGCGCAAGUCCUCUUGCCACCUGAGACUGGAUGCCUCUGCCAACCAGGUUUCAGCAUCGACUUCUCCGAAAACUGCUCUCAAUUUUCCGGCCCCGGUGACAGCCUCAUCCUCGAGCCCGCUAGUCCUGAAGCUGAGGUGGAAUGGAGGCAAUGCUCUGCCCAUGGGGGAGUUCCUGCAAGUCUCAACACAUCAUACGGUCUUGUGAUCGUUGCUCGUUGCUCAAACGCUUCUUCCAGCCUGAUGAAGAAUUUCAGCAACCUUGCGAAGCAUUCUUACGCACAGGUGGAUUUGUGGUUAGUGAGCGGAGAUGGGUUUGAUAUCAGCUCUUUGCAAAUCAUCAGCGACGGGGAUGAUGUUCUGAACUACAAGUCAAGGGUAAUCUACAACUCUACAGCAUCUGUGAUGUUCCAUGUCAAUUACAACGCGUCUCACUCAAGGGACAUGCUCGAAUUGAGAAUUCAGUCGGCACCUUACUCAUCGAACUUGUCAUUUUGGGGUGUCUUGAUGACCAAGAUCUCUUUGUAUGAUGGUAUACGAUACUUUGAAGACAAUGCCAACGUGCACGUAGAUGGAUGGAGCUGCUUCCCCAACUGUCCCAUCUCAAGGUCGUACUGCAAGGAGGGCCUCUACGUGCUGGGGGGGUUUGGACAGUUUGGAAGAGACGUCGUGCUUCGAAAAACUUUCACGGGGCUAGCGAAACAUACACAACUUCGCCUCGUCGUUGAUUUCCUGCAGAUUGACUUCUGGAACCAGGACAGAGUCAUCAUCUCCGUCGAUGGCAGAGUGGUCCUUUCCCAACCAUUGAUUAUGAGCGAGCCGCUGCCCUUCUGUGGAGAUCAGUUCUCCCGGUAUGAUCAGAACUUGCACAGACUUGAGCUCGUCGUGAACCAUACAAGCUCCAACGCUAGUGUCUCGAUCGGCACAUCGCUCACUCUACCUGCUGUGGAACAAUCAUGGGGACUAGCCAACUUUGAGCUUUACACGCAUCAUGUCUGCGAUGUGCUGGUGGAAAGUCCGUUAAUGGUCCAAGAUGCACACUGUUUAGCAUGUCCUGCAGGAAGUUACAAGUCCUAUCCAGGCCCGCAGCCUUGCUCUAGGUGCCCGAGCGAUCUGACAGGAUGGCAUCCGAACAGCCACAUGGGCAAAUGCUCGUCGUCCUUGUAA